AUGGCCCCACUUAUCUGUUUCGACAUUGUAGAGUUCCAUUUCCCUGGUCGAGUUAUGCGCCAGUUGGAUUCGAGCAGACGAUUCCCGCACCUUCUGAUACGAGCACAACCUUCAUGCCAUGAUCGGAGGUCGAAGAACAAGAACUAUCCGCUCAGACAUCGACCUUACAUUGCACAUUGGGAUGAGCGCGAGGGACACAUAGUUCAGGGCACUCCUUUUAGUGGUCGUACUCAUGCCUUUGACGAGUAUAUGAUAUGGUUUCGUCGCAUCACGAGGUUACGCCUGACGAAUCCAUCGAGGCGACCACCUUCUACACAUUAUCAGCCUGCGUCUGCAGAUAUAGUACUGGCACAUACUUUAUCUGAUAUUGCUCAUAGGUGCGGUACUGUACUAGAGGCUUCUGAGUCAUUGCCUCCAGAUAUGGUGCGUGACUUGUAUGCGCAGACAUUGCAGACUAUGAGGGGACUGUGUGUUGAUGCUGUUGGCCGAGCUGGACAUGGCCACAUCGUACAGGGCGUGCCUACUUCUGCUGGAUAUACAUCGACUUCUACAUCUUCUACGUCUGCUGCCCAUAUAUUGACCACGUCAGCUUUGCUUUCACCUCCAGUCACUCAGAGGGCCUAUCGACGACGUUCUGACACUACUCCCCUCUCUUGA